AGCAUCUCUUUUUUGGAUUCUGCUACUGAAUUUGAGAUAAAACAGUGAUAAAAAAAUUGCUUACGCACACACUUUUUGGGCCGGGAAUAACGCGUUUCUUUGGACUAUAAAUAUGCAAGCUCUUUGCUCUCGGAUCUACAGUACAUUCAUCGAAUUGACUUGAAGCGUGGUUGUCGAAAACCAAUUAUACCGAGUAUCAAAAAUGAAACUCUCCACCGGAAGCAAAGUUCCAUUGUGCAUCUUCGCGUGCCUUUUAUUCGUUGCGGUUGCUAAUGCGAUGUCUCUACCAUCACGCGAGGCAGGGUUCCAUUCCCAAUGUCCUCCCGGGUAUACCGGACUAGUGGCGUUUCCUAGGGAUUGCACUAAGUUCAUAGAAUGUGACGGUGUCUCUGGACGUGUAUGGAUAAGAGACUGUGCUCCGGGUACAGGAUUUGACCUACGUCACAAGUACUGCGGUCGCAAGUACCUCAUUGCCGAAUGCCCAGAAUUUUAUGGAGGGUAUGCCGAACGGGAGACCAACCCCAUCUACCCAGGCUUCCUGGGCAACGGUUAUAUAGCUGAUACUCCCACAAUGCUCUUAGUUAUUAACCGCAAUAAGGAAACAGGAGAAACUGUUGCUGAUGUGAAACAUUAAAAAAAUGUAUUUCUUCGAAUGUUCAUUGUUUUCAUGACGAGAAAAUAUGAAUGGAAAAAAUUUGUUCUCUGGACUGCGACCUUUUCGCUGAAUUAAAGAAUAACUAAGUUUUAUAUCGA